UUCCCAGUAACACGCGCGGUGGAACGCUUUUUGACGGACAAAGUUGUGUUUAUUAAAACUGAAACGAGCAUAAUCUUAAACGGAGCCAGUGGACGCUUUGCAGUGAACAACGAAGGAAAAGAGUGAGCGUGUGAUAAAGGACAGAGCAUGAGGGGCGAUCCUGGACCGGUUCAGAUCGUGACAGUCAACAAGGAGGAUCACUCCUUUGACCUGGAUACAGAAGCACUCAGUCGAAUUCUGUUGGAGUCUGAGGUUCGAGAUAAGGAUGUGGUGGUCGUGUCUGUCGCCGGUGCUUUCAGAAAAGGGAAAAGUUUCCUUUUGGAUUUCAUGCUCCGCUACAUGUAUAGAAAGCAUGAUCAGGACUGGCUUGGGCAGGAGAAUGAGCCCCUGACGGGAUUCUCCUGGAGAGGAGGCUCAGAGCCAGAGACCACUGGCAUCCAGCUAUGGAGUGAUGUUUUCAUUGUGCAGAAGACAGAUGGAAGUGAGGUUGCGGUGCUUUUAAUGGACACGCAAGGAGCGUUUGAUUCUCAGUCCACUGUGAAAGAUUGCGCCACUAUCUUUGCCCUCAGCACCAUGACCAGUUCUAUCCAGAUUUAUAACCUGUCACAGAAUAUUCAGGAAGAUGAUCUACAGCAACUUCAGCUGUUUACGGAGUAUGGCCGACUGGCAAUGGAUGAAAUCUUUCUAAAGCCUUUUCAGUCACUUAUGUUCCUGGUCAGAGACUGGAGUUUCCCCUACGAGUACAAAUACGGGUUUAAGGGAGGAAGUGAUUUCUUGGACAAACGUCUGCGAGUGAAGCAGACUCAGCAUGAGGAGCUUCAGACAGUGAGAGAGCACAUUCACUCCUGUUUCACCUCCAUUUCCUGUUUUCUCUUACCGCACCCUGGCCUGAAGGUGGCAACAAGCCCUGCUUUCUCGGGACAGCUGUGUGAUGUGGCUCCAGAGUUCAAGGAGCAGUUGCGUGAACUCAUUCCCAAUCUGUUGAAGACUGACGAGCUGGCUGUAAAAGAGAUCAAUGGGAAUAAGGUGACCUGCAGGGGCCUGCUGGAGUACUUCAAGGCAUAUAUUAAGAUAUAUCAGGGAGAAGACCUUCCACACCCCAAAUCCAUGCUAGAGGCUACAGCAGAGGCCAAUAACCUUGCGGCUGUGGCAUCAGCUAAAGACCAUUACUACAAAAAUAUGGAGAAGGUGUGUGGUGGAGAUCUUCCUUAUGUGGCUCCUGACUCGCUGGAGGAGAAGCACCGGUUUAUCCUGCAGGAGGCCCUUCAUCUCUUCUCCAGCACGAAGAAGAUGGGCGGCCGGGACUUCUGUAACCGUUACCAGGAACAGUUGGAAGCAGAGCUAAAAGAGAUGUGGGAGUCCUUUAGCAAACACAACGAGUCCAAGAAUCUUUUUAGUGCUUUCCGGACACCUGCAGUGUUGUUUGUCGUGGUCUGCUUCCUGUAUGUGCUGUCAGGAAUUUUGUUCUUCAUUGGCCUAGAAACUAUUUCCUUUGCAUGUGACUGUGUAGUUGGUCUGGCCAUGAUUGCUAUGCUGACCUGGGCCUUUAUCCGGUACUCUGGCCAGUACAGAGAAGUAGGCACCGCCAUAGACCAGGCUGCUGGAGUAAUACUAGAGCAGGCCACAGAUGUGUUAAACAAGACAAGAAGCCAGAGUCGGGUGGCUGCACAACAGAAGAAGACCCGAUAGCUUCUCAGUCUUAACGAAAAUGCCAGAACAAGAUGAAAACUGCACGGACGCAACCUAUAAUACGUUACCAAAUAAUGCACAUCUUCAUACAUAGCACUUCUAAUUCAGGUUGACUGAUUUUGUAAGAAUAUCUUAAAGCUAUUUUUUUUUUUAUAAACACAAAUAUGAAAAUAAGACCAAAUAUCACAAGCCAAGCAGCUGGUAUUUCAGAGACAGGUAUGUAUUUAACACAAGGGCUAAACUCUCCAUAGAGCUGCAUUGAUAAGUUUACAGUUGUUAACUCUAGUACAGCCAAAGACACAUCCUCCAUAGCAGGUCAGGGUCGUGUAGCUCUUAGAUUGCACUUUUAUUGCACUCUGUAGACAUGUUAUCUGUUUGUUCUCUUUAGCCAGGAAUACCUUUGCACAUGAACUGCCCUUACUUCAUUAAGGCUUGAGAUGUUUAGUAUUAAAAGUGUAACUGUGUUGUAUUACGUGACCUUUGCAAGAGCUUUAUUCUAUGAUCUUUGUACCAAUAUGUGGCCUUCUAUGCAUUCCAUCUUUCUAUCUUGUAUACAUCCAUGUAUGAUUUACAUGGGAAUUUCUAUCAGUAAGCUGUUUCACUUGUAUUGGGUUUUGUAAUCGGGGUUUCAAACAUAUAUUUUUCCAGCUCAAUGUUCUUAAGUGCUGGACUGGUUCUGUUCAUUUCUUAACUGCUGGCAUGUUGUUGAAAACCAUCCUGAAACUCGUUACGUUGGACUGAAAGUUUGAGUAUUUAUAGAAAAGCUAAUACCAAUAAUUCAAGUGUUUUGAGGAAAGCUCAGUCAUUGUGUACUAUUCUGUAAUCAGGUUCAUAUUUGCAUAUUAUAUUAGUAAAUUCCUGAUUUGAUUCUGUUA